AUGUCUGGUACAAAAUGGACAUCACCAGUAUUCAUUAGUCUUCUUGUUCUGGUGCUACAGAACAGUAUGUUAGUUAUCAUGACACGGUAUUCCCGUACAAACGUGCCCCCUGAAAUGCGAUAUCAUACUUCGACGCUUAUACUUAAUCAGGAAAUUGUAAAGAUGCUUUUUUGCAUUAUAAUAUUUAUUGUGGAAAAUGAUUUUAUAUCCCGACCUCCUCCUGAGAUUCAGGGAAAUACUGUUGUAACACCCAGUUCUCUAACACUUUUGUGGCGAGUUGUAUUUCAAAAAGAAACAUUGAAAAUGUCGGUACCUGCUGCUCUUUUUACUCUACAAAACUAUCUCAUUUUCAUUGGGCUUUCAAACCUUGAUGCAACGACGUUUCAGGUGUGGUCACAGACGAAGCUUCUAUCCGCUGCGGUCUUCUCUGUUGUCAUGCUUGGUCGUCGUCUCUCCAUGAUGCAGUGGAUGUCGCUCUUUGUGUUGACGCUUGGGGUUCUGCUCACACAACAGCAGCCGCAGCAGCCGCAGCAGCCGGAGAGUGGCGGCGUGGCGAUGAAGGAACCGGCGCGUCUCUCGCAGCAGCCGCUCCUCGGUGUGGCGGCGUGUGUACUCUCGGGCCUCUCGUCAAGUUACGCCGGUGUUUAUUUUGAAAAGGUCGUGAAGACAACAACACCAUCGCUGGCGGUGCGGAAUAUUCAUCUCUCACUCUUUGGUAUUCCCUUCGCCGCCCUCUCGCUGCUUCUUCUCGACGUUCUCCCGCGCCGGCGGGGACCCAACGCGCUGGAGUUUCACUACUGGCGCGGCUACAAUCAGUGGCUCACCAUCGCCCUCGUUGCCGUACACGCAUUCGGUGGAUUGCUUGUCGCCAUCGUUGUGAAGUAUGCGGAUAACGUUGUGAAGGGAUUCGCCACAGGUGUUGCCGUUAUUGUUAGCGGUGGACUUUCCUUUAUUAUUUGGGGACAGAUACCAUCCUCAUCCUUUGUAACCGGGUGUAUGCUCAUCACAUUUGCCACAGUGAUGUACCACAAGUUUGAAGAUCGUACACAGUCACGUUGA